AUGUUUUCGGAGGAAGAGCGAUGGGCGCUCUUACUCUCAACCUUUGCGGGCAUGUCCACCACCCUCGGCGCGGCACUGGCGAUCAUCCGCCCACCAGACGAUGCACUCCUCUCCUUUCUCCUGGGAACCGCCAUUGGAGUCAUGAUGCUGCUGUCGGUGGUGGAGAUGCCGCAGUCGCCGCGCGAGCUGCUGCGGCUGGGCCUGCUCAUGGCCGGCACGAUGACGCUGCACAACCUGCCAGAGGGCGCGGCGGUGGCCUUCAGCUCCUUCACGCCCCUGGGGCCCCUCAUGGCGCUGGCGAUCGCCGUGCACAACGUGCCUGAGGGCGUGAUCGUGGCCGCCCCCGUCUACGCGGCCACGGGUCGGCGCGCGCGCGCGCUGGGCCUGGCCGCCGCCUCGGGGCUCAGCGAGCCGCUGGGCGCGCUGCUGGUCAUCUGCGUGGCGCGGCCGGCGCUGACGGCCACGCGGCUGCAGCUCAUGCUGGCCGGCGUGGGCGGCCUCAUGGCUGCGGUCUGCGUGCUGGAGCUCUGGCCCGAGGCGCGGCGGUGCAGGGCGGGGGGGCGCCUGGCGGCGGGCAUCGCGCUGGGGGCAGGCCUCAUGGCCUGGACCCUGUGGUUGGGGGUCUGA